CAGGUGGGAGCCAGAGUGAGCAAAAAGAGACCAAGUUUCUGGUAAGGAAACCCCGUGACCACCACCAGCCACUCUUAGUCCCACCCAGGCAAGGGACACACAUAAAGGAUCAAGCAGCGCCCAAGAGGUCACAGGAUUGACUGUACAGGGCUCGCAGCACCGGGCACCCAGACAUCAUGAGUUGGUCCUUGAAACCCCAGAGUUUCUUUCUCUGCUUCUCGCUUUCAUUGCUCUGUCCAACAGGCCUGGCACUUGUUGCUACCAAGGACAACUGCUGCAUCCUAGAUGAAAGAUUUGGUAGUUACUGUCCAACCACCUGCGGUAUUGCAGACUUCCUGUCCACCUACCAAACCGAAGUGGACAAGGACCUCCAGACUCUGGAAGACAUUUUACAUAGAGCCGAAAACAGAACCACGGAAGCUAAAGAACUGAUCAAAGCAAUCCAGAUCCACUACAACCCGGAUGCACCCCCGAAGCCAAAUGUGAUAGACGGUGCCACCCAGAAGUCCAAAAAGAUGGUAGAAGAAAUUCUGAAAUAUGAAGCGAUGAUAUUAACACAUGAGUCAAGUAUUCGAUAUUUACAGGAAAUAUAUAAUUCAAAUAAUCAGAAGAUCACAAACCUGAAACAGAAGGUAGGCCAACUUGAAGCGCAGUGCCAGGAGCCUUGCAAGGACACAGUGCAAAUCCGCGACACAACUGGGAAAGAUUGUCAAGACAUUGCCAAUAAGGGUGCCAAAGAAAGUGGACUUUACUUUAUUCGGCCUUUAAAAUCUCAGCAGCAGUUCUUAGUGUACUGUGAAAUUGAUGGAUCUGGAAACGGUUGGACUGUGUUACAGAGGAGACUUGAUGGCAGUGUGGAUUUCAAGAGAAACUGGAUUCAGUAUAAAGAAGGGUUUGGGCACCUGUCUCCUACUGGCACCACAGAGUUUUGGCUGGGAAAUGAGAAGAUUCACUUGAUAAGCAUGCAGUCCACAAUCCCAUAUGCACUGAGAGUGCAGCUCAAAGACUGGAACGGCAGAACCAGCACUGCAGACUAUGCCAUGUUCAAGGUGGGACCUGAGGCCGACAAAUAUCGCCUGACCUAUGCUUACUUCAUUGGUGGAGAUGCUGGUGAUGCCUUUGACGGCUUUGAUUUUGGUGAUGAUUCUAGUGACAAGUUUUUCACAUCCCACAAUGGCAUGCAGUUCAGCACUUGGGACAAUGACAAUGACAAGUUUGAAGGCAACUGUGCAGAACAGGAUGGGUCUGGCUGGUGGAUGAACAAAUGUCAUGCUGGCCAUCUCAAUGGGAUUUAUUACCAAGGUGGCACUUACUCAAAAGCAUCUACUCCUAAUGGUUAUGACAAUGGCAUUAUCUGGGCCACUUGGAAAUCCCGCUGGUAUUCCAUGAAGGAGACCACCAUGAAAAUCAUCCCGUUCAACAGACUCUCCAUUGAAGAUGGACAACAGCAUCACAUGGGGGGAGCCAAACAGGCUGGAGACGUUUAAAAGGCCAUUUCAAAGGUGAUUUGCUUUUUUAAAGAACUCUAUCUGAACAGAGAAAUAUAUUUUUCCUAUGGGACAAUGGACUUUAAAAGCCUCACUUCAUUUUAUGAGUAAAAGGAACCUAUGUUGAAAACUCCAUUUGCAGUUUUAUGCUGGCGAUAAUUUAUCUACAUGCAUUUCAAUAAACAUUUUGUUUCCUAAGAUGAGA